AAUUGAAAAAUUGUUAAUCGAGACACACUUUUAUAAUUUAUUACCAAAAAUUUAAAUCACAAUUUGACUGUUACAAUAGAAAUUUGCAUCGAGGCCGAAUUUGGCAUUUCAAAUGGUAUUUUAAUAGCUUCAAUAAUCGUCUAUUGAGUCAAGAAAUCGUAGUUGACUGAAGAAAGUGGUGUUUUGCAUCGUUGAUAAUCAAUCCAAGUUGAAACAGUAAAAUCUUUAAUCGACCAUUGUCGAAACUUUUCUUAAAGAAAAAUAAUCAAGUGGGGAUCGCAGUUGGCGUGCUUAACUUAUUGCAUUUUCUUUUGUUUCAUUUGUACGGCGAACGCGAAACGAACUAGUUUUUGACUUUAGUGAGUGUAAUUUUUGAGUGAUUUUUUUUCAAGAUCAAUGGACCCUAAGAACCUUGCCGAUUACCCUGAUCGCGUGGCCCAAAUCUUCCUAGAUCGAACACUUCUAAUCACAGGCGGUACCGGUUUCGUUGGAAAAGUUUUCCUCGAGAAAUUGCUUCGAUCAUGUCCCGGUAUCAAAAAAAUUUACCUUUUUAUUCGUACAAAAAAAGACAAGGAACCCAACGAGAGAAUCAAAGAAAUGUUUAAUGGACCAUUGUUCCAGUUGUUGAAGAAACAAAGAGGUGAAGAAAUUUUGAAGAAAGUUGAGGCUAUUUCAGCAAAUAUGGAAGCACCGGAUUUGGCUUUGUCGAACUUUGAUCGAAAAAAAAUAACUGAGGAAGUGGAAAUGAUAUAUCAUUGUGCUGCUACAAUUAGAUUUGAUGAAUCGCUACGCAAAGCAGUGUUUCUUAAUACGAGAGGAACCAAACUCAUGCUUGAAUUGGCAAAGGAAUGCAAAAAUUUGAUUGUUUUUGCCCACUUGAGCACCGCCUACUGCCAUCUCCAUGAACGUGUCUUGUACGAAAAAGCUUACCCUCCUCCCAGCAGUCCACAUCACGUGAUUAAAGCUUGCGAAUGGUUGGACGAAGAAGUGUUAGAUACAAUCACAGAUAAAAUUCUAGGUGACAUUCCUAACACUUAUGCUUUUACUAAAGCCCUAGGCGAGAGUCUUGUUAAUGAUGAAAUGGACAAUCUUCCCACGAUAAUCCUUCGACCAUCAGUCAUUAUUCCAAUUUGGAAGGAGCCCCUCCCUGGCUGGACCGACAACAUCAACGGGCCAAUGGGUCUCCUAAUCGGUGCCGGAAAAGGUGUGAUACGGACCAUGUAUUGCAAAGGGGAAAGUUACGCCGAUUACAUCCCUGUUGAUAUUGUCGCCAACUGUUUGAUUUGUACGACUUUCAUCUAUUUGCAAUCCAAGUUAGUCAUGAUAAUGCAGGACCGGUUUAGAAAAUUUCUAAUCGACAUUUUUUCCAGUAAAAGAAUUUUCAAUUUGACGAGUUCGGCUGAGUAUAAAGUGUCCUUUGAUGAAAUUAUAAAAAUUGGACGAGACGUUGUUUCGAAUAAAAUACCUUUGAAUGGAGUUCUGUGGUAUCCGGGAGGUUCGAUGAAGAAAUGGAGAUGGCACCACAAUGUCGAAUUUUUCUUGUUCCAAUUGGUACCAGCGGUGUUUCUCGACGCGCUUUUGAUUGUUCUUGGGUACAAACCGAUUUUAAUGCGUGUCCAAAAACGCGUUUCCAAAGGCUACGAAGUGUUUGAAUAUUACGCCAAUAACCAAUGGGAUUUCAACAAUGACGAUUCCAUGAAAUUACGUCAAAUGCUCAAUCCAAAAGAACGAGCAAUUUACAAACUCGAUGGCGAAGGAAUUAACUACCAUGAUUAUUUCACCGAUUGUGUGCGAGCUGCCCGUCUUUACAUCCUCAAAGAGGGCGACGAAACAAUACCUUCGGCUAGGAGACAUAUGCGAUUGAUGCGAUUCGUGGAUCUGGUGUGCAAAAUCGUCCUCUUGAUCGGUUUUCUCUACUUGUUGUACAAAUAUUUACUAUAAUUUUUGUUAAUGGAAUAAAGUAGGUAUAAAUAUAAUUCGACCUUGAGGUGAAAGAAACGUACGAUUACGAAAAUUCCGAUUCGCUUUCUAAAAAUACGAGUUGAUAGUAAAACUUGACCCAGAUGGGUGGAAAUAAGUCACGUGACCAAAACAUUAGUGUUAUAUAAUACGCACUUUCUAGAUUAUUACGUUAAUUUGGUGAUUUUUUCGGGUAUUUUUGCAUCGCAGUGAUUAGAAUAAAUUAGAUCUGGAACGAUUGUAAUUAGAAAUAAAAGAAAAAAAGUGUACGAAAUUGAUAGCUUGCAUUGAGUAAAGAAUUUUUUUACUUUCUC